AUGGCAGGAAAAAUGUACAUUGGAAAUGUCGACUAUGAUGAGAGUGAGAAAUUUAGUGAUUAUAUAGAACGUUUUGAGAUGUUUCUAGAAUGUAAUAAGAUAGAGGCUGCCCGGUGUAAGGCGGUUUUUUUAAGCGUCAUUGGCCCAAAAUUAUUUAGCCUGUUGAAAAACCUGUGCACACCAGUGGCACCAAGGGAAAGGACAUAUGAAGAAUUAAAAAAAAUUCUUAUGAAUCAUCUCGAACCAAAACCAAAUGUGAUCACGGAGAGUGAAGUUACAUUAGAAAAAGCCUACAACAUAGCAGUGCAGUUAGAGAACACCGAUCGAGAUUUAGAGGUGAUGACUUCCAAGGUACACAGGAUAGGUGUGGCUGGAAAGAAGCGAGGAGGACAACGGAAUGAUACCUGUGGUCAGCUGCAGCAGAGUGCUAGAAGUAAUAAUAAGUUAUGCAAGUGCUGUGGAAAAGGGGGUAAUUUAAAAGAAGUGUGUUGUGUUGGUUUAAAGAUAGGAAAUGUAGAUCUUGUGGACAUUGUUUUAGAGGACAUACAAAAUUUAUUUACAUUAAGUGAUACUCAUGUCUCACCUUAUAAACUUGAAUUACAAAUAAAUAACAAAAAGGUAAUGUUUGAAAUAGAUACUGGAGCAGCUAUAAGUGUUAUAAGUCAAUAUAUAAAAAAUAAAUAUUUCAAUGAUAGUGAAAUGUACAAAUGUAAUCUGAAACUCAAAUCAUAUGUAAAUGAUUUAAUUACUCCCUUAGGUUUUAUAAAUGUAGACAUUGCUUAUGAUAAAAAGAAAAUGAAAGCUAAAUUAUAUGUAAUUGAGAAUGGGGGACCUUCUCUCAUUGGUCGGGACCUUUUGAAAAAAUUAAAUAUUAAAACAUUAAAUAUAAAUUCAUUAAGUUGUGAAAAUAUUAAAGAUAAAUUGGUAAGUAAAUUUCCUGAAGUUUUUAGUUCUGAGUUAGGGACAUACAAAGGAGAGCAGGUCAACCUAGUACUAAAAGAGAAUGUGUCACCUAAGUAUUAUAAAGCUAGAUCCUUACCGUUCAGUAUGAAACAAUUAGUAGAAGAAGAAAUAAAUAGGCUGGUGAGUCAAGGUGUAUUGACUCCGGUAAAAAGUAGUGAGUGGGCAACACCCAUAGUACCAGUUUUAAAAGGUAAUGACUUAAUAUACAGUGACAAUGGACCUCCAUUCCAUUUCAUGGAAUUUACAUCAUUUCUUAAAAAUUUGGGAAUUAAACAAUCAUUUUCACCACCUUAUAAUCCUCAAACAAAUGGUUUAGCAGAGAGUGCUGUUAAGAUAAUUAAAAAAAUGUAU